UUAAAGAAAACGCAAUAAAAGGAACCAUCUACGAAUGUUAUUUUGUAUCGUGGUCUGCUUUAAUUCUUGAAAACAAGUUGAAUAUCCCAAAAAAAAGUUCCUAUUAUCCUAUCUGUGAUUAUGUUUGUCAAGGGUUCAAUUUGUUUUAAUAAUACGUAUUUUUGAAUUGUAAAUGGUGCCGAGACCUCAGGAAUUUUGUAAAUGACUUGGCAAAACGCGACACUACUUUUAUAUAUCUACCACGUCACCAAACCGAACGGAAAAAGAGGCUUUAACGGUAAAAUAUGUGUUCAUCGGAAAUUUUAAUAUCAUAAUCCCGGGCGAAACAUGUCAGAGAAGAAAGUGGAUACAGAAAUUGUGCAGAAGCAGUAUACAAACGAUGCUAGUCUGAUUGAUGAAGCUGAAAUUAUUGAUGUGUCUGUCUUUGACUUUGAUGAUAGCGAUGGCUGGUUGUACAUACCAUCGGAAUAUAAAAUGGAAUCCACUGUUCAUGAUUUGUAUACCUGGCUGAGAACUGAACCGGAAUUAAGUUUUUCAGCUAGUAGAAAAUCUAUUGACACAAGAACAUUUACAAGAUCCAAAAAACGGUCUAGUAGAACUAGUUUCGAAUCUAUUUUGGAAUCUUUAUCUUCACCUGUGUCAAAUACGUGGAGAACUUCAAAUUUUUCAAAUAUAGAUGAGAAUUUCAGUAAAUAUUCAGACAUAACUACUGCCAAUAAAAAAGAAGCUGUGCCUGCUAUGCUAAAAAUGGCACUCAAUGCAAAUAGUAAUUUUCUUCCCGAGGAAUCUGUAACAUCUGGUCAAGAAAGUAUGGAAGUAUUUUUAAAUAUGUCUCACUCAAAAGGAAUUGAUUCGUUUAUUAAUUUAGUAGAACCUGGACUUAAUGAUCCGCUGAUGAACAUUUCACAACCUUCUAUUUUUUAUUCAUCUAUCAUCUCAUUACCUAAAGAUGAUUCAUUGCAUAGUACAGAAUCUAGUAAACAUGUGGGAUCUUCAAAUGUGACUCGGUGCAGUCAAGAAAUUGAUAAGUGUGAAGGUGCUAAAGAUUCAAACAUCAAUGAAACUUUCCUAAAAGUUAAUGAAUCAGACAAUAAUGUUACUAGCUACUGCCUGAGCACGACGAAUAAGACAUUUACAAAUAAAUCUGAUAUUGAAAAGGAUUUAAAUGAGACCUAUAAUACUGAUGUAACUCCUAAAAUGGUUGUGUUAUCAAGUUCAGAUAAAGAUAGAUUUAGUACAACAAAGUUGUCUUCCACGUAUGUAAAUAAAAAUGAUGAUACACAAAUAUUACAGUCGGAAAAUGAUAAAAGAAAGAAAUCAUGCAAUUUAAAUACUACAUAUCCUUCAGCUUUUGAAAAAGCAGAAAAUUCAUCUAUUUUAAGUACUACAUAUUGUAAAGCAGAUAUUGAAAAUGCAAUCAGUAAUACAACUUUAACUGGAACAAGUGAUAUGCAACAUGAUAAAGAUCAAGUAUAUAACUUCCAAAAAUCUACAAUUUGUGAUGUACCAAAAAAUGCUGAACCUUCCAUGUUUAAACUACCUGUUUUUCAAUCAACUCCUAAAAAUACAGAUACAGAGAGUAGAACGAUUACCAAGUCUUUAGAAUCAUCUCGAUUAUACAAUACGUCUUUAAAUUUGAAUUUUAAAGCAUCCACAUUAUUAAGGAAAGAAUUAUUAUCAGAAAUAUAUAAAACUGGAGAUCAUAGACUGGAUUGUACUUUUAAUCAUGGACCUAAAGAACACCAAAGUGGAAAACCUAAGAAGGAAAUUGAUGAAACCUUGAGUCAAAAUGUCAAAGAUGAUAUUCCUGCAGAAAAUAAAUAUAAUACAUAUAGAAAAGAAUCGUCAAUUAAUAAAAUUAAGUCCCAUGCCAAAACAACAGAUGAGGCAGGAGCUUGUAUUAAAAAUUUGCCAAAUAAAAAAUAUUAUACAUUUACGAAAAAAGGUAACAAUCACGGUGGCAAAACUGAUAUGGAAAAUGCAGAAUCGUUUGACAAUGUGGAUGCUACAUUCACAAAACCAUUUCCAAAACCACAGAAGCGGAAACAACACAUACCACGGAUGCUCUCAAAAUUGCCACAGUUUCUUCAAAAAUCUAAUCCGAAUCUUGUGUCCAAUUCAUUGAAAACUGUUAACAUACAAAGUACGACCGCGUCCAAUUAUGGAUACAUGAAAGGUUCUCAACCAAAUAUUGUGAAAGAUGUUGAAAAAAGUCUAGCGAACAAAUCAUAUUCUCUUGGAAAAAUGAAAAGUGGUUCUGAACAACGUCUUUUAGAACUGAACGCAGGCGUUGGAGAACUUCAAAUGUUAGGAGUUGGGGGAUCUACGGAGAGUAUUGAAAGUACACAAAGUGCUCAUAGUGCUCCUGAUUUGGAUGAUAGGCUCAGUACAUGUUCAGAUAGUAGUCACAAUUCAUAUACAACGCAGCCAAUGAAUAUUGAACAAUUGCAUCAGAUAGUACGGAUGCAGGAAGAAAGUUUAAAACAAGAUGUAACGUAUCGAUUGAAUAAGCGAGUUUUAGAAAAUACUUGGGUUGAUGUAAAAAAAGAUUUACCUUCUCCUAUACUAAAGAAUGGAGUUGAUAAUUGUGAUAGUGAUUCAUCAUUGAGCACAGAGUUUAAUGUUACAACAAGCUCUCCAAUAGAAAGUCCUAUGGGAUCUAGUCAGUCAAAUACUGAUGGUCAAUCUACAGAAACUGUAUUGAAACAACAGAAUGAAGUAGAUGUGGUGAAAAAAGUUGAAGUGUUUAAUAAACCAAUUACGAAAGUUGAAAACAAAACGAGACUGCGACAGCCAACAAAUUGGAACAUGGGAAGUAGAUCUGCAAAUCCCAUGAGCGCUAUUCCUAGACCACCAUCACGCAUACCAGCACCUAGAUUUGUUAGGCCAACUAUAAAAAAUAUCCAAGGUGAUAUAAAACGAGGAUAUACGUAAAAUUAUAAGUAUUUAUAAUCAAAGUAUGUGUUUUUAAAUAAUAUUCGUAAUUUAAUCUGUAUUCAUAUCGUAACUUAUAUAAGAGAUGUUUUAAGUUAUGAUCCUGGAGGGAGAAUCCUUUCAAACAUGAUAAAAUUCAGUAUUAAUAUUAAAUUUUCAAGGCUAAUAAAAAACAAAAAAAGGUUGAAUUUA